AAGUUGUAGCGACAAAGCACGUAAACAUAUUAUAUCAAAAAUGGCGAAAUCGCUGCUUCAACGUUCAGACGUGUUUCGAGUGCUUCGUGAAUAUAAUAGAUAAGUGAUAAUUUUAUAACAAAAAAUUCAUUGAAAAAUUAUCAAAAAAUAAGAAUUGUGUGAAAAAAUAAAAAAAAUUACGAUGAGUGAAAAUUUUGAAAAUCGUAUACAAAAUGUUAAGAAUCGAAUCCAAGAUGACGUCGAUCAUGUACAAACAAGAUCGAUUGAUGCGCCACCAAGUGAUAAAAAUUCUGUACUAGACGGAAAUGGAAGUGGACAUGAUGACAUGCCCACUAAAAAAAAGAAAACUCGUCGCGGGAAACCUAAACGACGGUAUGCUGCAAAUCCAUAUACGAAAUUAUCGUUACAACAACGUAAAUUUCAAACGGAUGUACAAAAACGUAAAGGCAAUAAAAAACGUUCAAAAAUAUUAGCACCCGGACAAGCUUUAGCACCGUAUAAUAGUAAUCAGUUUUUAAUUGAGGAUCAUGAUCAUGGAUAUUUAAAAGAAAUUGAGGAUCGUUUGGAAAGUCGAAUUGAACGAUUAAAAACACGUUCAGGACAAUCACGUACUCGCGAUUCCAGUUUUAGUGUUGAUUCCGAUAUGGAUUAUUAUUCAUCACCUGAAGACGAAGAAGAAUUUUUAACUCGUGAAUUUUCAAAUACUUAUCAAGACAUACGAACGGAACGAUUAAAUUCAAUGUCACGUGAAGAAUUAUUACAAGAGUGUAUACAAAUGGAAAAUCGUGUGGAAAUGUUAACAAAAUGUCUAAGCAGUAAAUCACCAAGUGUCGGUAGUGAAAGUAAAGACGUUACACAAAAAGACAAUGGAAUUAUGGUUGAUAUCAGUUCAAUGCCUGAUUUUCAAUUAGAAAUAAUGAAAUUAAUGAAUGAAAAUGAUGCAUUACGACGUGAAAAUGAACGAUUACGUAAAACGAGACAGCCACGAAAACGGGGUUCCGUUAGUUCGUCGAUAAGUAGUUCAGUGGAUUCUGAAAGUGACAGUUCAUCAGGUAGUUCAUCCGAUAGUGAUUCCAGUUUAGAACAAGAAAAUAUGGGAUCAAAAUCACCAGUUGAAAAUACACCAUAUUCAUCAAUGAAUGGUUUUGCUUCACAUCAGUCAUCAGGACCAAGCACACCUGCACCAGAAAAUGAUAAUCCCAAUUCAAAUCGAACAGUUUCAGAAUCUGAUGUUGAUGAAACAUCUGAAGCGAAUUAAAUGUGAUUUGUUUCAAUUUUUUGUUUAUUGCCAAAAUAUUUUUAAUACUUCUAGUAAAUGUUUACAUAUUUAUUGGAAGCAUUAAAUUUUCCCCUCCUUUUGUUCAAAUUAUUUACAGGGUGUAUCAAAUAAGAAUUUAUAUAUUGCGUCACUUAACCAAAACAGUAUUUAUUAAACAGUUUUUUUGUAUUUGUAUUGUUUCAAAUCAUCGCUAAUCAUUUCAUUUCGA